ACAAUAAGCAGCAUGAGGCCAACCUACCGCCUUUAUCACUAUAUAUUUACAACAGUGCUCGCCUGCUCACGUUCAGCUGCGCCCAUCUAGAGGAUAGAACGAACAGAAACAAUACCGUUCCCUACCAAAAACCUGGAUAUCUCACAACGGGAGCCAUAAUUAAUCCAUUCUGGAUUUACAGAAGCCACUCCGUCUCUGUAUGGAAAAAUCUCUAACUUUUGAAAACAUUGGUGCUUCUGUAGUGGAACGUAGACUACUUUUGGGGACAAUAUGUUCAACUUGAUCAAAAAAGACAAGGAGAAGGAUGGAGUUAGGAAGGAGAAAAAGGACAAGAGAGAUAGGAGGGAACGGAUGUCUGCAGCUGAGCUCCGAAGCCUUGAUGAGAUGAGCAUGAGGCGGGGAUUCUUCAACCUCAACAGGAGCUCCAAGCGGGACUCCAAGAACAAGUUGGAGAUCUCGAACCCGAUCCCUAUUAAAGUUGCCAGCAGCACUGAGCUCAACCUGACUGACAUUGAGUCGGAUGGCCUCAGUAACCGCAGCAGCAUGGUCCUGGAUGCAGAUCAGCUCAGCGCGGCCAGCUCCAGUGAUGAUCUGAAGGGCGAUUAUGGUCAAGAUGGCCAUCGGAGCUCUGUCAAGGAGCGGGCAGCUAGGUUUGGCUCCCUCGCCAUGCAAAACUCACAAAUGGGUUCCAUCAUGAAGCGCUUCUCGUUUUCUCAGAGGAAUAAAGAUGAAAGUCCGUCCGAAGGUUCCACACCUUCUGGGCAGAACUCUGCUGCCCCGUCACCACAGGUAGAGACCAAGAUGUUUGACCCCCAACGAAAGCCUAGUCUUCAACAUCAGCAGCAGCAGCAGCAGCCUCCUACUGGGAAAAAGGUGCAGAUUCCUGAGAUUGUGGAUAAGACGUUUCCUGCGGACCUCCGCUUGCCUGCUGUCGUGCCACCGCAGACGCCCGAAGUUCGGGAGCUGGUUCUCCAGAGGCGGAACACUGGAGAUUUUGGGUUCUCCUUGCGGCGCACCACCAUGUUGGACCGUGGCACGGAUGGGACGGUAUAUCGCAGAGUAGUGCACUUUGCAGAGCCAGGUGCCGGCACCAAGGACCUGGCUCUUGGUUUGGUUCCCGGAGACAGGCUGGUCGAGAUCAAUGGGCGAAAUGUGGAGAACAAGAGCAGGGAUGAGAUCGUGGAGAUGAUUCGGCAGUCAGGCGACACGGUUCGCCUUAAAGUUCAGCCCAUUCUGGAGUUAAGCGAGCUGAGCCGAUGCUGGCUGAGGAACACCGAAGGGCUGCGGCGGGAAGCAUUUGACGUGAAAACAGAGGAGCAGAUAGCUGCAGAGCAAGCAUGGUAUGGCUCGGAGAAAGUGUGGCUGGUCCACAAGGAUGGAUUCUCUCUGGCUACUGUGGUGAAGACGGAGACUGGCAGUCUACCAGAGGGGAAAGUGAAAAUCAAACUGGAGCAUGAUGGGACAGUACUGGACGUGGACGAGGAUGACGUAGAAAAGGCAAACCCGCCGUCAUUUGACCGCUGUGAGGACUUGGCUGCUCUGCUCUAUCUGAAUGAGUCCAGUGUCAUGCAUUCUCUGCGCCAGCGCUAUGGAGGAAACCUCAUCCACACACAUGCGGGGCCCAACAUGGUGAUUAUCAACCCUAUCAGCGCCCCCUCCAUGUACUCGGAGAAGGUGAUGCACAUGUUCAAAGGCUGUCGACGGGAGGACACAGCACCUCAUAUAUAUGCAGUGGCCCAAUCUGCCUACCGAAACCUUCUGACAACAAGACAGGACCAGUCCAUCGUGCUUCUGGGAAAGAGUGGCAGUGGCAAGACCACAAACUGCCAGCAUUUAGUCCAGUACCUGGUGUCCAUCGCCGGCAGCACUGGAAAGAUUUUUACUGCUGAGAAAUGGCAAGCGGUCUACACAAUCCUAGAGGCCUUUGGAAACAGUGCUACCUCCAUGAACAAUAACGCAAGCCGCUUUUCCCAGAUCGUCUCGCUGGAUUUUGACCAGGCUGGUCAGGUGGCCUCUGCUUCCAUCCAGACCAUGCUGCUGGAGAAGCUGAGGGUGGUGAAACGACCAGAGACUGAGUCCACUUUUAAUGUUUUUUACUACAUGAUGGCUGGAGCAGACAGCACACUCAGAACGGAGUUGCAUUUUAACCACUUUGCAGAGAACAGUGCUUUUGGGAUUGUGCCUCAAUCUAAGCCUGAGGACAAACAAAAGGCAUCACAACAGUUUACUAAACUGCAGGCGGCUAUGAAGGUGCUGGGCAUUUCCUCUGAAGAACAGAAAGCUCUGUGGCUCAUCCUUGGGGCCAUAUAUCAUCUUGGAGCUGCAGGGGCCACCAAAGCAGAGACUGAUGAAGCGGGCCGGAAACAAUUUGCUCGUCAUGAGUGGGCCCAAAAGGCGGCUUACCUCUUGGGUUGCACUCUCGAAGAGCUCUCGUCUGCUAUCUUCAAACACCAGCCCAAAGGAUCCUUACAGAGAUCCACCUCAUUCCGCCAGGGACCAGAUGAUGUUGGGACAGGAGACAACUCAGCUCCAAAGAUCACAGCUCUGGAGUGUCUGGAGGCCAUGGCUGCUGGGCUUUACUCUGAGCUCUUUACUUUGGUCAUCUCACUUGUUAACCGAGCGCUGAAGUCGAGUCAGCAUUCCCUGUGCUCUCUGCUUAUUGUGGACACUCCAGGAUUCCAGAACCCAAAGUUAGCAAAGCGUGACCGCGGUGCCACCUUCGAGGAGCUGUGCCACAACUACGCCCAGGAGCGUCUACAAACGCUUUUUCAUGAACGCACCUUUGUACAGGAGAUGGAGCGCUACAAGGAGGAGAACAUAGAGCUUGCAUUAGAUGACAUAGAGUCCAGUACAUCUCUGUCUGUAGCAGCUAUAGACCAAGCCUCAACUCAAGCAUUGGUAAGACACUUGGCCAGGACAGAUGAGGCGAGAGGCCUGCUGUGGCUGAUGGAGGAAGAAGCUCUGCAGCCGGGGGGCUCGGAGGAAACUCUGCUGGAAAGACUGUUCAGUUAUUACAGCCCUGUGGAUGGAGAGACCAAAGGCCCCGCCUUGCUGCUGAAGAGUGAGAAGGUACAUCACUUCUUGUUGGGUCACAGCCAUGGGACUGACUGGGUGGAGUAUGAUGCUCGGGGAUGGUUGAGCCAUGCCAAACAGAACCCUGCCUCUCAGAAUGCAGCCAUUUUACUGCAGGACUCUCAGAAGAAGAAUAUCAGUAGCUUGUUUAUGGGGCGUUCAGGAGGAGCCACAGUUUUGUCAGGCUCUAUUGCUGGGCUUGAGGGCGGAUCACAGCUGGCCCUGCGCAGGGCCACAAGCAUGAGGAAGACCUUCACCACAGGCGUGGCCGCUGUUAAAAAGAAGUCCCUCUGCAUCCAGAUUAAACUACAAGUCGAUGCACUAAUAGACACAGUGAGGCGGUCCAGGGUGCACUUUGUGCAUUGUCUGCUGCCUAAAGCAGAGACUUUGACUGGGGAUGUGAAGGUGCUAGGAGGACCCUCACCUCGCUCUGGGGAGAUAGAGGCACAUGGAGAAAGCUGUGACAACGGCCUCAUGCAGCUGGAUGUGUGCUUGCUCCGGGCACAGCUCCGCGGCUCCAAACUGCUCGACGCUCUCCGUAUCUACCGCCAAGGUUAUCCCGAUCAUUUGGUCUUUUCGGAGUUCCGUCGCCGCUUUGAUGUACUGACUCCCCACUUGACGAAGAAACAUGGGCGGAACUACAUUGUAACUGAUGAGAGAAGGGCUGUCGAAGAGCUGCUGGAGUCCCUUGAGCUGGAAAAAAGCAGCUAUCACAUGGGCUUGAGUAGGGUGUUUUUCAGAGCAGGUGUUUUGCCUAAACUGGAGGAGCACAGAGAUAUCCAGACCAGACGCAACAUUACCCUGUUUCAGGCUGCGUGCAGAGGCUACCUGGCCCGACAGGCCUUCAAGAAGAGAAAGAUCCAGGACUUGGCAAUCCGCUGCAUCCAGAAAAACAUCAAGAAGAACCGGGGUGUGAAGGGCUGGCCGUGGUGGAAGCUUUUCACCACCGUUCGUCCGCUCAUCGAGGUUCAGCUGACUGAGGAGCAGAUCCGUGGCAAAGACGAGGAAAUUCAGCAGCUCAAGUUGAGGCUGGAGAAAGUGGAGAAGGAGAGGAACGAGUUGAGACUCAAUAGUGACCGACUGGAAAGCAAGAUCACAGAACUGUCAUCGGAGCUUGCCGAUGAGCGCAACACAGGCGAGUCCGCCUCGCAGCUGCUGGAGUCCGAGACCUCGGAGAGACUGAGGCUAGAGAAAGACAUGAAGGAUCUACAGGCCAAGUUUGAUGCUAUGAAGAAGCAGAUGGAGUCUAUGGAGAUGGAAGUGAUGGAGGCACGGCUCAUACGUGCAUCGGAGCUCAACGGUGAAAUGGAUGACGAUGAUACCGGAGGAGAAUGGAGGCUCAAGUAUGAGAGGGCCAUCAGAGAGAUCGAAUUUACCAAGAAGAGACUCCAGCAAGAGUUUGAUGACAAACUAGAGGUGGAGCAGCAAAACAAGAGGCAGCUGGAGAGAAAGCUGACAGACCUGCAGGCGGACAAUGAAGAGGUGCAGCGUGUGGCUCAGCAGCUGAAGAAGAAAUGCCAGAGACUGACAGCCGAGCUGCAGGACACCAAACUGCACCUGGAGGGGCAGCAGAGCCGCAACCACGACCUGGAGAAGAAACAACGCAAGUUUGACUCUGAGCAGACUCAGGCUCAGGAGGAGGUGCAGAGAGAAAAGAGUCAGCGGGAGAAGCUGAGCAGAGAGAAAGACAUGCUGACCGGGGAAGUGUUCAGCCUUAGACAACAACUGGAGGAUAAAGAUCUGGAGAUAUGUGCUGUCCAUCUGAAGCUGGAGCAAUUGGAGGCAGAGCUUCAAGAUCUGAACUCACAGGAGUCAAAGGACGAGGCAUCAUUGGCUAAGGUUAAAAAGCAGCUUCGUGACCUUGAGGCAAAGGUCAAAGAUCAAGAAGAAGAACUCGAUGAGCAGGCUGGAACCAUUCAGAUGCUGGAGCAGGCCAAGCUCCGUCUGGAGAUGGAGAUGGAGAGACUGAGACAGACGCAUUCGAAAGAAAUUGAAAGCAAAGACGACGAGGUGGAGGAGAUCAGACAGUCCUGCAGCAAGAAGCUCAAGCAAAUGGAGGUGCAGCUGGAGGAGGAAUAUGAAGACAAGCAGAAGGUCUUACGGGAGAGGAGAGACCUGGAAGCCAAGCUGAUGAGUGCCCAGGAGCAGGUGAGUCACAGAGAUGUGGAGACAGAGAAACGUCUGAGGAAGGACCUGAAGCGCACAAAGGCCUUGCUGGCUGAUGCCCAGAUCAUGCUGGAUCACCUGAAGAACAACGCUCCCAGCAAGAGAGAGAUCGCUCAGCUCAAAAACCAGCUCGAGGAAUCAGAGUUCACAUGUGCUACUGCAGUCAAAGCACGAAAGUCAAUGGAAGUAGAGAUCGAGGACCUCCAUGUCCAAAUGGACGACAUAUCCAAAUCCAAGCAGACGCUUGAGGAACAGCUGAGUCGUUUGCAGAGGGAGAAGAAUGACCUGCAGUCUCGCAUGGAGGAGGACCAGGAGGACAUGAAUGAACUCAUGAAGAAACACAAAGCUGCUGUUGCCCAGUCCUCACAGAACCUGGCCCAGAUCAGUGACCUGCAAGCCCAGCUGGAGGAGGCCAUGAAGGAGAAACAGGACGUCCAGGAGAAGCUCACGGCCCUGCAGAGUCAGCUAGAGUUCCAAGAGCAGUCCAUGGUGGACAAGUCUCUGGUCAGCCGGCAGGAGGCCAAGAUCCGUGAGCUGGAGACCAAGCUGGAGUUCGAGAAGACACAGGUCAAACGCUUGGAGAGUCUUGUAGCGAGGCUGAAAGAGAAUCUUGAAAAGUUGACUGAGGAACGAGACCAACGCAGUGCCAGCGAGAACCGGGAGAAAGAGCAGAACAAGCGUCUCCUCAGGCAGAUUCGAGACAUCAAGGAGGAGAUGGCCGAGCUGGCCAAGAAGGAAGCGGAAGCCAGCCGCAAGAAACACGAGCUGGAAAUGGAUAUUGAGAGUUUGGAAGCAGCCAACCAGAGUCUCCAGGCGGAUCUCAAGCUGGCCUUCAAGAGGAUCGGAGACCUCCAGGCUGCUAUCGAGGAUGAGAUGGAGAGUGAUGACAAUGAGGAUCUCAUCAACAGUUUACAAGACAUGGUGACUAAGUAUCAGAAACGAAAGAACAAGCUCGAGGGCGCCUCCGAUACCGAUUCUGAGGUGGAGGACCGUGUUGACGGGGUGAAGUCAUGGCUGUCCAAAAACAAGGGCUCUGCCAAGAACCUGUCAGAUGAUGGUAGUCUGAAGAGCUCAAGAUAUGCUGUAAAUGUUGACGGAAAGGAGGGAAAAGAGUGGGAAGAGGGUAAAGAUUGGAAAGACAAUGGCAAAGGUAAAGAAUUAGAACCCAGCAGGCCUGUAUCUGUUAUGAGUUCCCUCAGCUACAGGAAACGCUCCAACAUGAAGGACUCCAUAGGAGGUAAGGGAGAUGAGAGUUCACUCCUCAACACUCUCAAAGAACAAUCCGAUUCCCAGGACCUCUCUUCCUUCCGCAAGAAUAAAGCCAAGCAGGAAGCUGAGGAUGACUCCUACUCUGUCAGCUCCUGGAGGAAGGCAGGAGAUGAUCUUGAUGAUCGGGGUUCUGUCAUCUCUCAGGCCUACUCGGAGGCGGCCAGUCGGGCAAGGAAAGGCAUGGACAGCCGCUGGUCUGAGUUUGAUAAAGAGUCUGUUGUGUCCCCGAGCCGUGUUUCCACCUGUCGUACUGCGAUGGACUUAGAUGAUGAUGCUAUUUCCAGCGUGAGUCGCAUGAGUUCGGUAAGUCGGCGUCGGAGCAUGCAUCGUCUCGAUGAUCGGCAGAGUGAAUACGGUUCAGCCGUCAGCCCCAGCCUGAGCCGCCGUAGCCCAGGCAGCAUGAGCCGUGCCGACUCCCGCAUGUCACUGUCUCGUAGCUGUCGCCUCAGUGAAUUUGACGUGGAUGAUGACGCCCGAAGCAUAGCAUUCAGCGAGGCUCGCUCCAGCGCUUACAGCCCUCACUCCACCUCUGGCCGAAGCUUCUCCAUGCCUCCGCAAGCCCGGAAUACUGACUCCAGCCCGCCUGAUGUCUCAGACGUCAAGCCAGUCAGUCACCGCAACUACCUGGACCCUGACCUGGAGGCUGCCAUCAAUGAAGUAUUAAGCUUCAAACCCAUUAAGUUCAAGCGCACCAGCUUGGAAGACUCUGAAGCGGAGAAAGAUAAGCCGGGCGAGGUGGAGGAUGACAAGAAGAGCGUCAGCAGCUCUAGGACUGGCAGAGACAGCGGACGCUCCUCUAGCUUGCGCCGCUCGGCUUCAGCCGUGGACUUCAUGCGUUCCAGCAGUAGACUCAGCACACGCAGCAGCCACAGCAAAAAGGGCAAGAGCAAGAAGAAGAAGAAAAGCCACAGCUCCGAAUCGGACAGCUCCGACAGCUCUGACGACAACCGCAAGAAGAAGAGCUCCAAGAAGAAGGGCAAGAAAUCCAAGAAGAAGUCCAGGAAAGAGUCUUCAUCUUCCUCCUCAUCCUCUGAGUCUGAGUCUAGCACAGAGUCGGAUUCCAGUUCAGGAGCGUCCACUAUUUCUUACAGAAGCUCCAGCAGUAUCAAGAAAGCCCCUGGCAGGCAGGCCUCAGGCUCUGAGGGUGAGCUAGAGCCUGAAGGUCCCUCUGAAGGAGCUCCACCACGGUCUAAGAAAGAAGAGAAGAAGAGGAAGAAGAAAGUAGACAAUCUUAUGAUGAAGUACCUGUACAGGCCUGACAGUGACUAAAGAUGGCAGUAGCCCACCCUCCAGCCGCAGACGCUUCUGCCUUGACAGAUCUGACGAGGAAGAGGAAGAA